CCAGGCACCACGGCCUGAAUGACCAGACCAUGGAGACCCUGCUUGGUGGACUGCUGGCGUUUGGCAUGGCGUUUGCUGUGGUCGACGCCUGUCCCAAGUACUGUGUCUGCCAGAACUUGUCUGAGUCACUGGGAACCCUAUGCCCCUCCAAGGGGCUGCUGUUUGUGCCCCCCGACAUCGACCGGCGGACAGUGGAGCUGCGCCUGGGUGGCAAUUUCAUCAUCCACAUUGGCCGCCAGGACUUCGCCAACAUGACAGGGCUGGUGGACCUGACCUUGUCCAGGAACACCAUCAGCCACAUCCAGCCCUUCUCCUUCCUGGACCUCGAGAGCCUCCGCUCCCUGCACCUCGACAGCAAUAGGCUGCCCAGCCUUGGGGAGGACACUCUGCGGGGCCUGGUCAACCUUCAGCACCUCAUCGUGAACAAUAACCAGCUGGGUGGCAUUGCCGACGAGGCCUUCGAGGACUUCCUGCUAACGCUAGAAGACCUGGACCUGUCCUACAACAACCUCCACGGCCUGCCCUGGGACUCCGUGCGGCGCAUGGUCAACCUCCACCAGCUGAGCCUGGACCACAACCUGCUGGACCACAUCGCCGAGGGCACCUUUGCUGACCUGCAGAAACUGGCCCGCCUGGACCUCACCUCCAACCGGCUGCAGAAGUUGCCCCCAGACCCCAUCUUCGCCCGCUCCCAGGCUUCUGCUCUUACUGCCACACCCUUUGCCCCACCCUUGUCCUUUAGUUUUGGGGGGAACCCUCUGCACUGCAAUUGCGAGCUUCUCUGGCUGCGGAGGCUUGAGCGGGAUGAUGACCUGGAGACCUGUGGCUCCCCGGGGGGCCUCAAGGGGCGCUACUUCUGGCACGUGCGCGAGGAGGAGUUUGUGUGCGAGCCACCGCUCAUCACGCAGCACACACACAAGCUGCUGGUUCUGGAGGGCCAGGCAGCCACGCUCAAAUGCAAGGCCAUCGGGGACCCCAGCCCCCUUAUCCACUGGGUAGCCCCUGAUGACCGUCUGGUGGGGAACUCCUCAAGGACAGCUGUGUAUGAAAAUGGCACCCUGGAUAUUCUCAUCACCACAUCUCAGGACAGCGGUGCCUUCACCUGCAUUGCUGCCAACGCCGCCGGAGAGGCCACGGCCACGGUGGAGGUCUCCAUUGUCCAGCUGCCACACCUCAGCAACAGCCCCAGCCGCACCGUCCCCCCCAAGUCCCGCCUCUCAGACAUCACCGGCUCCAGCAAGACCAGCCGGGGAGGUGGAGGCAGUGGGGGUGGGGAGCCUCCCCAAAGCCCCCCAGAACGGGCUGUGCUUGUGUCCGAUGUGACCACCACCUCGGCUGUGGUCAAGUGGUCAGUCAGCAAGUCAGCGCCCCGGGUGAAGAUGUACCAGCUGCAGUACAACUGCUCUGACGAUGAGGUCCUGAUCUACAGGUGA